UGCAAAUUCCGCGCGCAUCGUUAUCUCCACUUUUCUUUUUUUAAACCCGUUUUACAUUAAGCGCAAGACGCAAACGCAAGUCAUAAGUCUCGUGAAAUUGACUAAUCACAUUGAUCAAAUCAGGAAAUCGUCCAACGUGAUUGAUCAAUUUCACGAGAUCUGUGUCUUGCAUUUGUGUCUUAUGUCUAAUGUAAAAUAAGUUUUAUGCGCAGGCUGAUUCUCUUCUCUCAUUGAACAGAGCGUAACAAGUUGUUUGAUGACACAAUUGUCAAAUUGAAAUUUAUUCGGAGAAUUUUCACAUGUGAGAUAUAAAAUAAAGAACAUCUGUAACUCUAUAUUAAUGCAUUAGUUAGCAUGCAAUAAAUAACGGAUCGACGAUAAAAGACAGGCGACAUUCUUGAUUGUCAUUUUCAUUGUGUAGCAAAAAAAAUAGGUUUAUAAAAAUGUACGACAUAUGUCAUCCUGCCUAUUAUCAUUUAUGCAAGCUUGGAUGCAAUGAUCCAGUAAAGACGAGUACUGCGUUUUAUGUUUAUAUUGAAUUGUGUGAAGUUAAACGCUUUUGGGAUGUCAAAUAUAAAUAUAACGAAGAUCUGGAUCUCUUUUAUUUUGAGAUAAAAAAAAGAGAACAUUCUCCAUUAGAGAUUUAUGUACCUUGGGCAACCAAAUAUACCAUCUCUUUUGAUAAAAUUGAGAAGAUGCAACAGUCAUUGCAAAGUAAACGAAUAACUUUCGUAUUUAAGUCUGAAGACAGUAGUAGUGUUUUUUAUACAGUAACUGAAGGUCUUGUAAAACCAAUAUCCCCAGAAGUGUCACAGAAACUGAAAGAAAAGGCAAUUAAGAAACAAGAGUUGGAAAAGGAAAUUAGAAAAAACAUAUCACAUCUAUACGAAUUAGCAAAAAGUUUAUCUCAUAAAACUGAUAAUCAACAGUGCAGUGUAGACAUUGUUGCAGCAGGGCCUUGAAAAAUACUGCUUCUAUUGUGGAAAUAUUAUGAUACUGUUUAUUUACUUAAUAUUUAAUUAUAACAUGCUAUAUUUGUGGUUACUGUAUUAUUGCGCUUACUGUAUUUUCCUUUUGUUAGCUUACAUAUAAGUGUUACACUAUUCAUAUUCUUUAGAAGUUAUGUAAAAACUCUGUACUGAUGUGUAGAAACUAAAACAUUUACCAUAUAUAUAUAACUUUUCUUGAAAGAUAAGUGAGAUAUCUGAUAGGAUAGGAAAAGGUGUACGUAAAAAACAAAUACAUGGAUGUAUAUAGUUUUAAUAUCUAUUUUUUAAAAGUAAUUUAUAUGCAUGUAUAAUGCAAAUUAUAAGAAUAUCUCUAUAAAGAUUGCAUAAUUAUUUGAAGUGAUAUGUAAUAAAAGCUGCCACUACAAAAUUACAUAUGCAUUAAAUAAAUUAAUUCUUAACACUCUUUAUCUAGUUGUAUAGUAUUCAUGUAUCAAUUAGUCAAUUAGUUGCUACAAAAUACGAGGCACAUAAUUUUCUUUAUCAUAAAAUUAACGAUAAAUAUAUAUAGCGAACAUUUUAACCGAACUUAAAUCUAAUAUUAUAUAGAGAGAAAUAUGUAUAUAUAUAAAAAAUGUAUAACAUGAAGUAUAUAAGCUAAUAAAAAUCUCUAUAAAUCAAAAAUAAAUCUAUCUACAGAAAACACAAUGGUUGUAUAAAUAUAUACAGAUUUUUAAAUCAUCAUAUUUUACCACACCAUGUAUACUCCAAAUUAAUGAAAUAAUUUCUGCAAAAUAUGUAUCCGCAAUGUUAAAACAAGUAAUUUGUUCAUGCCUUACAUAUGAUAUACGUGUGUAUAUAUCGUUCUGUGUGUGUAUAUUGUAUAAGAAUGCAAAAUUAUAAAAUUAUAUUAUCUCAACAUCACAACACAUUUUCACGAUACAAAGUUACAAAGUUUUUAAAAGUACACUUUGGCAGUUGAAAGCAUCAUAAAAACAGAAUAUUGUAUUGUUCAGAAGUGUGUUAUACAUGAAAACUUCAAAAUAAUAUGCAUGUAUAUGAAUAGGAUGUCUCUAGAUAACCUUAUACUCUUUUUUUGUAUCUAAAAAACUUUAAACAAUUAUAAUAUAUUAAUGUAUAUAUUUAUACUCGCACAAAUUGUUUUAAAUUAUCAUUUUGCUUUUCAAUAAUUUCAUAUGUAUUUUCUGUAUCUUUAAUAAGCGCUGUCAGGUCUUAUUAUUUUUGCCUGAUUUGCUACUGAAAAUGUUUUACAAAGUUUAUAUUUUUUAUUUUAAAAAUACACACAA